UAGUUGUAGUUUCUGUUUUAAAGGCGGCAGACGAAUUGCCAGAAAUGUAUGUAUCCUGUUGGUGAUCAGUGGAUUCAUUCUUGAGAUAUAUUCUUUUAGGAUUGUGUAAUCUGUUAUGAUAACCAGACUAUAGACUGGGGGGACAGAUAAGGUGCUUUUUUCAAAACACAGUCUACUGUAGACUAUUCUGCCCUUUUGUAACUUGGCAUGGACAUUUUUCUGUGCGACACACUGCUUGAUUGCAGCCCUGAUGCGACUACAUGUCUCAGUCGUGUGUGAACUUGAACGUGAGGACAGGAAAUAAAGCGCGAUCCUCCAUUCGUGGCACAUUUGUGCGUAACAGGGAAGUAGAAAGCCUAACCUACUUUCUACGUUGUUAAAAGUUGUCUGUGUCCUGUGCGAGCUGCUCGGCGCUCAAAGUGAAUUUCUCCUCGGUUGAAACGACGCUCGGUAAUAAUUCGUCUUUUCUACAAGAGACAUUAACAUUAUAUUGGGUCAUGGAGGCAGGAAAUGUGCAGUAGGAUCUUCGGAGUACUUAUGAGACAGAGGAGGAGGAAGAGGCGACGGACCGGAGCGUUUUUCAAUCCUUAGAAAUCUAUAUUUAAUAGAAGCCCUGCCUGAUCAUGGCCCAGUGGAGUCACAUGUCCCAGAUGAUACAGUGCCUGCCUGAUGAAACUAUCAACAACCUCUAUCCCCCCAAUGCCUUCCCCAUCGAAGUCAGACAUUUUUUGGCUGAUUGGAUCGAGAGCCAAAGAUGGGAUGACUUUGAGAUGGAAAACAUGGAGCAGAAGGGCCAGUCACAGGCUCUGUUGGAGCAAACCAUCAACAUGCUGCAAACAAUUGCUCAGCAGAACGCCAACGUGGUGGACAGGAUGAAGCUGAUGCAGAUCAGCAGGAACAUGACCAUGUUCCAGCGCAACCCUCUCCAGUUUGGAGUGAUGGUCAGGGAUAUCCUCAGGAAGGAAAGGACUCUGCUUAGAUCGCCCAAUCAGAUGCCCAAUGCUCCACGCUAUCCUGACUAUCCGAGUAGCGAGUCUUCCUUCCCCAACAUGCAGGAUGUAGAUCACCUGGUUCUGAAAGUGCUGGAGGCCCAAGAAAACCGACAAAAGAGGCACCAGCUGCAAGAAGAACUCAAUUGGGAGAGGGAUAAGUACGAGGGUUUACAAGGGCCCGUCCAACAGAACGGACUAAAUCCCACAAACACAGAAAUCCAGAAACUCCAGACCAAAAUCCAGCAGCUGGAGUACAGUGUAAAAGCAAUGUCCACGAAGUGUUCCCAGCUGCUGCAGGACUGUGUGGACUGUCUGGAGCAGUGUCAGACCCGACUUAUCAGCAGGCUGAAGGCGUGGAGGUGGGAGCAGCACAAGGCCACCAUCGGACAUCUCUUUGAUGACAACCUAAACCCCCUGCAGACCUGGUGUGAGCAGCUACUUGGUGUAAACGGAAAGCUUAGACAGGAACUGAUGCUGACGGGAGAACUAAUUCCAGAUCUCCAGGAAAGGCUUGGGAAACUCCUGCAGGUCCUGAUCCAAAGCUCUCUUAUAGUGGACAAACAGCCCCCACAGGUCAUUAAGACCCAGUCAAAGUUCUCCACUACUGUGCGAUAUCUGCUGGGGGAGAAAGUAGCUCCCGGGAAGCCUGUUGUGCUGAAGGCGCAAAUCAUUAAUGAACUGCAGGCCAGGAGCCUUGGCAGUGUACCAGGUGAUAAUGUCGGAGAACUGAUCAACAACACCGCCAUCCUAGAGCACAACACAUCCAGCAAGAGCACAUGUGCUACCUUCAGGAAUAUGUCCAUCAAGAAGAUCAAGAGAGCAGACAGAAAGGGAUCAGAGUCUGUGACAGAGGAGAAAUUUGCUCUUCUGUUUUCGACAGAGAUCACCAUCACAGGCUGUGACAAACCCUACAGGAUACAGAUGAUCUCACUGCCAGUGGUUGUCAUUGUCCACGGUAGUCAAGACAACAACGCUCUGGCGACCAUCAUAUGGGAUUGUGCCUUUUCCGAACCAGACAGAGUGCCAUUCGUGGUGCCUGAGCGUGUGCCGUGGAGGAUGAUGUACAGCACUCUCAACAGUAAAUUCACCUCUGAGGUCCAGACACAACACAAUCUGGACCACUACAACCAGCAUUUCUUGGCCCAGAAGAUAUUCGACAAGCCUGACUUUGCAGAUGACUUUAGCAACAUGAUGGUCUCCUGGGCCCAGUUUAAUAAGGAAGUGCUCCCAGGGCGACCGUUCACUUUCUGGCAGUGGUUUGAGGGGGUGAUGGAGCUGACCAAAAAGCACUUGAAGACCUACUGGAGUGAAGGGCUCAUAUUUGGUUUCAUUGGGAAGCAGCAUCUACACCUGAUCCUCAAAGAGAGGUCCAAUGGGACGUUCUUGCUUCGCUUUAGUGACUCUGAAAUCGGAGGCAUUACCAUUGCAUAUGUGUCUGCUUCUGAAAAUGGGGGACAAAAAAUCCAGAACAUCCAGCCCUUCACCAAGAGAGACCUUGAGAUACGAAGCCUUGGUGACCGCAUUCGGGACAUUGGUCACAUUACACACCUGUACCCUGACUUUCCUAAGCAUGAAGUUUUCAAAAAAUUCUACACAGAGCCUCAACCCUCGUCUGUUGGGGGUUAUAUCCCUGUGUCUCUCCAUACUAAAGUCGGCAUGGAAGCUGGCUCAGCCGCACAACCACCACCCAUUAUGGCACCUCUCGCUGAAAGCCCUCACAAUCCCAGUGGCUUAGCUGUGCAUACUUUCCAGCAACCAUUUAGUCCAUCAGAGUCCCUCCCUCCAGAAGGAAUGGAUACUGCAACAAAUGCUCCUGUGGACUUCAGUCAAAACCCUUCUGUCUUCGCUGGACACCUCCCUGCAGGUAACAGUAUGGAACUAGAAAUAGAUUUAGAUUUUCUCCAAAAUCUGGACAACUAGGAAGACAGUCCAUCAAAGUUUUCUUUGGAGCACAAAGCAGACAUCGAAUAAGAGACCGGAGCCUAAAUCGUCUGUCUGACUGGGAAAAAUGUGGGAAAAAUGCGCCAUUGCUUGUGCAGACGGUCUUCCUUCACUUUCAUCAUUCAUCUACAGCUUCAUCUACAUUUGAGUAAAAAAAAAAAAGAAAAAAAAAAGACUUAUUGGAGACAAAUUAAAUUUCUCUGGGACUCAACAUGUUGAUCUAGUGCUACGUGAAAGCAGGAAAUCAUCUUGAAGGACAAAGUAAAACUGAGAACAAACCAGAACGAGGGAUUGUCAUUGUUCUCCAUCGGCUAGCCUUCUGUCUGUCUCUCUCUCUCCCGAUCUUAGGUUUGUUGAUGUCUUUUCUGUUUAUACUACACACAUUUUGGAAAAUAAGUGAUGUUGUACAGAUUACAGUAGAUUUGCAACAGGGACCAAACAUGCAUAAAAAGCAGACAGUAUGAUGCUCAUGGUAACGUGACAAUGCCGCUCAGUGGACCGUCAGCUACCGGAGGUUAUUUGGCCCUCUGUUUGUUGCAUGUUAUUUAGUCAUGAUAAAGAAUAGUAUUCUCCUGUUGUAUAUAAUCCUUCCUUGUGAUUGAAAAGCCUGGUUCAGCCUCAACUAUAGUAUGUUAUACACUCAGUGUCACAGAGACACAUAGUAUGCAUGGCAAAUACUUCAUGAAAUGUUUAUGAUCUGAACUCAUUCUGUAUAGUAGAGGAUUAGGGGCGUGAAAUAAACAAAAGCUUCAUCACCGUUGACUGUGAAACUAUACCACAUUGAUGGACACUUACAUCAGAUGGCAGAAGGGGUGAUGGUGGGUAAGUUGGGUGCAGUUAUAUGUACGGUAUAUAUUGAUUUUGAGCUUUUGUCAGUUAAUCUCAACCGGUAGAUUUUGGACUUUUUGUAAGUAUGUAUUAGGUUCUAUUAACUGAGCUUAAGUAUCACUGAUUACAUUGUUUUGAUUCUUCAUUUCUCUGUUUAGAUGCCUUAAUGCACACAACAAAAGCAGGACUAAGAGUUAAAAUUAUGAAAAUAGCAAAAGUAGAUGAUCAAUAGUAUAAUUACAAACCAUUCCUUCUUCAUUUCCGUAAAUUCUCAAAUUUGAUGUCAUUUUAUGAAACUGGAUUAAUGCAAUGUUGUUUGGAGUCUAACAAUUCAUAUUUUUGUGCCAUUUACAUUUUUUUGUAUUGUUUUGUUUAGAGUUUAGAGUUUAGUGGUUUUAAAAACUAAAAAGCUGAAUAUAGUACUAAAUGAAUAAAGAAAACAUUGCAGGGAAAAGAUGAACAAUAUUAUUUUGACAAACAAUGUAGUAUCUUUGUUUUGCGGGAGCUGAUUCUAAUCAAAUUUUGUUCUGAUCUUAGCAGCUUUCAUUCACAUCUGAAUGUAUAUUAAAUCAAUUCUCCUCAUAAA